AUGGACGCGCCGGAUUCGGAUCUCGAUGUAAAGCUGCACAAGAUAUCCGGUGACCUGAUCGCCGACCUUGACCGGGCUCUAACCACGUCGCUCCGCAAACCUGACGGCCAUGGCGGAACGCAGAUUCUCGACAUGUAUCAAGAGCUGCCACAACUCCUGGAUCCUCACUUGCCCAAAUGGAUCCCCCUUUUGGCAGAGUCCUAUCUGGAAUACUCCCAAAAGCGGCACAGACUCAAGAAUGCUGCUGAUCAGUCUGGUCUUCUUGUACCCGUAGACUACGCAAUCUGCAGGAUCCUUUACAGUUUCUGCAAAGUCCGCGGAGAAAAGGUCAUAAUUCGUUUCUUAAAUGUGGAAACUAGGUAUCUGGAGGUUCUUCUUUCGGCCAUCGAAGAAGCAGAGGAGAAUCCACCCGCCACUGGUGAAUCGCAGACCCAUGGAUGGGAGUGGGAGCAAAGGUACGUUGUGCUUCUUUGGCUCUCGCACCUUCUGUUAGCCCCGUUUGACUUGUCCACCAUUUCGACGCUGGAUAUGGAAGAGUCUGCCGUCGCCCCUAUUCCGGGCUUUGAAUGGCCCGAGAACUUGCCUGGCAUUACAAUAAGAGUGAUUCCCCUAGCUAUCAAGUACCUCUCUUCUCCCGGCAAGGAGAAGGACGCGGCAAAGGCACUGUUGGUAAGGGUAGCUAUGCGGCGAGACAUGCAGCAGCUUGGUGUAUUGGAUGCCCUGGUUCGCUGGGCACUGGCUUCGCUUCGACCACGAAAGGAAAACCCGGCCCAGUCAGCAUAUUUCUACCUGGGGGUAUUGUCAUUCUUGGCGGGAGUGUUGCGAUCAUCAGCAGAGACCUCGGACAUGGACAAGUAUUUGCCUUCCGUAUUCCAGUGCGUUUAUGACAUCACACUCGGCAACAAUGAGGUGUCGAAAUCCAUCAUCAAAUUAGCGUUGGUGAGGAAAAUGAUUCUAAAAGUCAUCCGAUCGGUCGUUGUAUCUUUACUGCGACAGAAUCGGCAGAGCAUGGCCAAUACUCAGAUGACGGAAACAGCCAUUGGCUAUCUGCUGGAUAGUGUUUCUGACAACGAUACCCCGGUCCGGUUGUCAGCCAGCAAAGCAUUGAGCAUCAUUACCCUCAAACUAGACCCCGGGAUGGCUUCACAGGUAAUUGAAGCCGUGCUAGACUCGCUCAAUAGGAACAUUCUCUGGAAAAAACCAGUUGGCGACCGAGCGGGAAUACCCACCAGGAAUUUGUCGGCUGUCAAUCCACUGGAAUGGCACGGCUUGAUGCUCACGCUUUCUCACUUGCUUUAUCGCCGAUCUCCUCCGGCAAAGCAACUCUCGGACAUUAUUCAUGCGCUACUUCUAGGCUUGUCGUUUGAACAGCGAAGCACGUCCGGCGGUAGUGUGGGCGCCAAUGUUCGUGAUGCCGCCUGCUUCGGCAUAUGGGCACUCGCUCGUCGGUACACCACGCAGGAGUUGUUGACUGUGCCCACCACGUCUGUCUUUGCAGCAAAGGCACAUCCAAGUUCCAGCUCUUUAUUGCAGGUUUUGGGUACGGAGCUGGUCGUGACUGCAUCGCUGGACCCUGCAGGAAACAUCAGACGUGGUGCUUCUGCGGCCUUGCAAGAGCUCAUCGGACGCCAUCCGGACACGGUUGAGAAGGGAAUUGAAGUUGUGCAGACUGUUGAUUAUCAUGCUGUUGCGAGAAGAUCGAGGGCCGUUGAGGAGGUGGCUACAAAGGUGACAAAGCUAUCAAGUCAGUAUGGCGAAGCGCUCGUCGACGCCGUUCUAGGGUGGCGAGGCAUCGGAGACAUUGACGCUCAAUCUCGACGAGUUGCUGGAGCUGCCUUUGGCAUCUUAACCUCUAUGCUUGCCCAACUGGAUGCUACUCCAUCAUCGUCUCGGUUCCUCCUGGCGAUAAAGGUCGUCGCUGCGCGUAUACAAGCCCUUGUAAAGCGUCAGGUUGAAGAGCGCCACGCCUUGUUAUUGUGCUAUGCCUCUGUUCUGGACAUGAUUUCACAAACGCCCACAGCUGGGCAAGGAGAUGCUCAGGUUGAUCCAGCGCUGGUUCAACCUAUUCUCAGCUCUGUACGUGACAUUAUUGAAGAUACCCGAGUCACAGAGUACAGAAAGCCGGAGUUGAUUGCUGAAGGAGCCAGCCGCCUAGUCGUGUCUGGUCUCCCCACAAUCCAAGCUGCCGUUCUCAGGAACCGGCCAGAUCCGGCAUGGGCGUCAGGGCACACCCUUCUAUCUUCGUCCCGUUCACCAGAAUACAUAGCUUCGACGUCGAAAUUACUCAGAAAUGCCCCAUGCCACGAGCAAAUUAAAAAUUUACUCUCCACCCUGAGGUUAAUCACCCCGACUUGGCUAGCUAGAAACGAACCCGAGGCCGUCGAACCAGCCUCUGAAGCGGCCUUGGUACUCCUGCUCUUCUCAACAGGCCAAGAGCAAGAGAGGAUAAUUCAGGAAUGGGCUGCAAUCGUCGCAACAAAACCUACUACAAGAACCGUGACCACCGGCCAAGGUUACUUCCAUGCAUUAGCCAAGGCCCAACCCCUCGCCAAGCAGCUCCGUCCUUCCGAUCCGGACGUGGCCUGCCAAGCAUUUCUAGACCGAUGGGCAAAAGACGACGACGUCGACAUGAGAGUGACUCUCUUGCAAAGUCUAGUCCGCAGUCGUCUUUUGCGAGCACAGGCAAACGUGUUUUUAAGUCUGCUCGUUGACGGACUAAACGACUACACAACAAAUGCUCGCGGUGACGUGGGCUCACACACCAGAGUACAGGCUCUCAGAGCGGUCGGGAAGCUAUGGGGCGACGAAGACAGCUCAGAUGCCAAAUUGGACGUCAUGAACAAAUCUGCCAGGCAGCUGUUCCCGUGUAUCCUGCGCCUGGCAGCCGAGAAACUUGACCGUGUUCGCCCAGAAGCGCAAGCCGUAGUAGCCCUGAUGAUGAAGGAGAGGUACGCACAUCCAUCUUGGUACAGAAAAUGCAAUAAAAAGAAAGCUGACAACAAGAGCGCAAGCGACUCCGAGUCCUUUCGGUCUCUCACAUUUUCCUCAAGGGCCUACUUUGAGACUCUACUCAAGCUGAUCCUAUCAGACUCCCUAUCACCAGCCCUCGAACCCUCCGAAGCAGACAGGUCAGGAUGGAUGGCAGAACUCAUGUCCGGGUUGGUCACGUCCGCCGACGCAGGAAAUGACGACCUGGUCAUUGCAAGCCGCGCAGCUCUGACGGAUUUCUGCGAGACAUCUCAACGGCACGUGGACAUGGUCUGUAACGCUCUCGCACUAAAUCUGCGUGCCCAUUACGCAGAUGAUCGCAUUGCUGUGCCUACGCUGGAAAUUAUCGCGUUUCUGUUUCGCGUCGGUAUAUUCCACUGCAGCAGGGGGGUCGAUUUUCGCACUUUGUGCUUGUAUACGCAGAAAGCGGGCUACAAGACGGGAAAUGUCCGCAAACUCAUGGCUUGUGUUAAAGUCUACGGCGGAGUGGCGAGCGUGCCUACGGGGAACGAGGGUGACGGACAAGAGGCGGCACAGGCCGGGGUGAAUGAAGCCAGGAAGAGACUGGGGGCUUUGAUGCAUCAUCCGUGGCCGCGGGUCAGGAGUGUCGUUGUAGAUGAGAUUUGGGUGUUGUCUGGCUUUGCUGAAGAUGGUGGCGCCAGGUUGACAAGUGUCGAUUGGGCUGCGGCUGGAAAGACGCAGAUUGAUGCUACAGUAAAGGCGUUGGGGAUGGGGUGA